AUGGAGAUGAGUAUCCCUCGAGAUGCAAGAACACGAACUUGGGACAUUCAUGGGAAGCAGAAUGUCUGGAAUUGGAAAGUUUCAACAGACGCAGAUGAGAUCCUCUAUCAGACGCGUUUUCCUUGCAAGCACCUUGCUAUGAUGUAUCGAGGCGCGGGAGAAUCUGCACAGUUGCUAGCCACCAUUGAGACUGGUGCACAUAGCUGGGAGGCGAGUAUCACAUUUCCGCAAGAUGACAGAAUAAUGGCCGCACCGGAGCCUAUCACUAUGGAGAACAUCUCGGAUGAGGGCAUGUCAACACGCUGGCCAGUCAAAGUGCAAGCAUUAGGUGGCCAGGAACUUCACUGGGAGUAUGAGCACCCCGCUGUGGGCGAUAGAGACUUGCGACUGGAGGACCCAUUGACGAAGGACGAACUUGGCAAUGCUAAUAGCAAUUUCUUGUCGUUAAGCGAGAAGCUCCCCGAGGCUGCAGUUGAAGAGCUUGUUAUCACGGGAACCGCAGCCCAGAUCAUGCUAGCAAGUUUGAUGCAUAACGAUAUGACUAUCGCUGCUGAUGGACCAGAAGGACAUGCUCAGUGGAAAUAUCAAGAGCCAGAGUGGUGGGAGAACGAGGGUGAUGAAGAGCAGGAGGCCACUUACGAACAUCAUGAAAAUGAGACGGAUGAAUUGGGAGAAUCGAAAGGGGAUUAG